GUAAAACUGAUUUCCGAACGUCUAAUUGUUACGUAAAGAAUCCGACCGACCGAACCUCUUUCGUGACCUCUCCGACCAUCUACUGUGCAUUUAUUCGAUCGAGUCUCCUAAACGAAAAUGUUCUCUACCGCCUGCAGGGCCGGCCGUUUGGCCACAAGGACGGUAGUCAAUAAUACCUCCGACAAAGCACCUUUAGUCGCAGCACCCAUCGUGAACAAACGUGAUUAUGCAGCUAAAGCCGCCGCUGGCAAAGGGCAAGGUAAGGUAGUCGCUGUUAUCGGUGCCGUAGUGGACGUUCAGUUCGAAGACAACCUGCCACCCAUCCUAAAUGCCCUCGAAGUACAAAACCGUCAACCCCGGCUGGUGCUGGAGGUGGCGCAGCACUUGGGAGAGAACACCGUCCGCACCAUCGCUAUGGACGGUACCGAGGGUCUGGUCCGCGGCCAGCCCGUACAGGACUGCGGCUCGCCCAUCCGUAUCCCCGUGGGCGCGGAGACCCUCGGCCGCAUCAUCAACGUCAUCGGUGAGCCCAUCGACGAGCGCGGCCCCAUCCCCACUGACAAGACCGCCGCCAUCCACGCCGAGGCGCCCGAGUUCGUAGACAUGUCUGUCCAGCAGGAGAUCCUCGUCACCGGCAUCAAGGUCGUCGACCUGCUCGCCCCCUACGCCAAGGGAGGAAAGAUCGGUCUGUUCGGUGGUGCUGGAGUCGGUAAGACUGUACUCAUUAUGGAGCUGAUCAACAACGUCGCCAAGGCUCACGGUGGUUACUCCGUGUUCGCCGGAGUGGGCGAGCGUACCCGUGAGGGUAACGACUUGUACCAGGAAAUGAUUGAGUCUGGAGUCAUCUCCCUGAAGGACAAGACCUCCAAGGUAUCUCUUGUGUACGGUCAGAUGAAUGAGCCCCCCGGCGCGCGUGCCCGUGUCGCUCUGACUGGUCUGACCGUGGCUGAAUACUUCCGUGAUCAGGAGGGACAGGAUGUGCUGCUGUUCAUUGACAACAUUUUCCGUUUCACCCAGGCUGGUUCUGAGGUGUCUGCUCUGCUGGGUCGUAUCCCCUCUGCUGUAGGUUACCAACCCACCUUGGCCACUGACAUGGGUACCAUGCAGGAGCGUAUUACCACCACCAAGAAGGGAUCCAUCACCUCUGUGCAGGCUAUCUACGUGCCUGCUGAUGACUUGACUGACCCUGCCCCUGCCACCACCUUUGCUCACUUGGACGCCACCACUGUACUGUCCCGUGCCAUUGCUGAGCUGGGUAUCUACCCUGCUGUGGACCCUCUUGACUCCACCUCCCGUAUCAUGGACCCCAACAUCAUUGGAGCUGAGCACUACAAUGUUGCCCGUGGUGUUCAGAAGAUCCUGCAGGACUACAAGUCACUCCAGGACAUUAUUGCUAUCCUGGGUAUGGAUGAGUUGUCUGAAGAAGAUAAGCUGACUGUGGCUCGUGCCCGUAAGAUCCAGAGGUUCUUGUCUCAGCCUUUCCAGGUGGCUGAGGUGUUCACUGGACAUGCUGGCAAACUGGUCCCCCUUGAGGAAACUAUCAAGGGCUUCUCUAAAAUCCUGCAGGGCGAGUAUGAUCAUCUGCCUGAAGUAGCCUUCUACAUGGUCGGACCCAUUGAGGAAGUUGUGGCUAAGGCUGAAACCCUUGCCAAAUCGUAAAUUAAUUAAACUUUUAGUGUUUCCAUUAUGAACAUAAGUUAUUGCUUAUGCAUACAGUAAAUUAUGUGAACGACAAGCGCAGAUAUUGUAGAUAACAUUCUGUACCAAUAAAAAUAAAAUUUAUAAGUAAAA